UCAGCGACUUCUAGUGGGACUGCGGUGGGCAUUCUGACACUGGGGGGAAAUGACUUGGUGUCACUGACAUCCCCAGCGACACCAAUACAGUGAUCAGUGCUAAAAAAAGAGCACUGACACUGUACUAAUGGCACUGGGCAGGAAGGGGUUAACAUGAGGGGCGAUCAAAGGGUUAACUGUGUGCUGUGUGCUGUUUCUCUGUAAGCUGUGUCUGCUUUGGAUGGCUGUGCUGUGCACAGCCAUCCAAAGCAGUGCGUACAAGCUGACAGGGAGGAGAACUGUUUUGUUUACAAACAGUUCUCCUCCCCAUCAGAGAUGCUCGGCAAUCACCGUGCGCCAGCGAGUAAUCACUGGCCAGGACCUGGUGAUUGACAGCCACGAAUGGCGGCAC